CUCUUUACUUUCUGAGCCUGAGGAAGACAGGCGUAAAUAAGCCACCAUGCCCGUUGCCAGGAGUUGGGUUUGUCGCAAGACUUACGUCACCCCCCGCCGUCCCUUCGAGAAGUCCCGUCUCGACCAGGAGUUGAAACUCAUCGGCGAGUAUGGUCUGAGGAACAAGCGCGAGGUGUGGAGGGUGAAAUUCACUCUGGCCAAAAUCCGCAAGGCCGCCAGAGAGCUGUUGACCCUGGAUGAGAAGGAUCCCAAGCGUCUGUUCGAGGGUAACGCCUUGCUCAGGCGGCUGGUGCGCAUUGGCGUGUUGGACGAGGGCAAGAUGAAGCUGGAUUACAUCUUGGGUCUGAAGGUGGAGGACUUUUUGGAGAGGAGGCUCCAGACCCAGGUCUUCAAGCUGGGCCUGGCCAAGAGCAUCCACCACGCCCGCGUGCUCAUCCGCCAGAGGCACAUUCGUGUGCGUAAGCAGGUGGUGAACAUCCCCUCUUUCGUGGUGAGACUGGACAGUCAGAAACACAUCGACUUCUCCCUGCGUUCUCCGUACGGCGGCGGUCGUCCAGGGCGCGUGAAGAGAAAGAACGCCAAGAAGGGCCAGGCCGGAGCUGGCGGCGCUGAUGACGAAGAGGAGGAUUAAACUGGAGCACCGCGGAGGAAGGUCCUCCACGACCUUUCUCGCCCAAUAACUUUUCAAUAAAAGUGUAUUUUUUUUUUGGUUAAACCCA